AUGCCUGGCGUCGACUCUUCCUUGGCGGCUAGCGCGUCCGCGUACCCACACGCAUCGGACCAAACUAUAGUCGGUUACAUUCUUAUCGCGCUCAUCAUUUUCGCGGCUAUGGCUUUGAUCUUUCGGUCCCUCUUCAAACUCGUCAAAGCUGCUCGACGUCUUGACAAGGCUGAUCUUAAAUCUGCAGCUGCUGUGGCUGCUUCUGAGGGGGAGUUGUCCACGUCGUCUACCUCUGCUGGUGCUGCUGUUGGUAAUCAUAACGCCCAGCACCUAACGCACCGCCUGAAAUCAGCCAUCCCACGGCGGUGGGACGACAUCGACGAUAAGCUGGACGAAUUCGAGCGGCUGACGGUAAAGUACUACGGGAACGCUAAGCGCUAUGCUGUGCGUACGUUACAGAACAUGGGCGUCUUGGAGAAGGCGGCGGACGAGGAAGGGGGCAUCGCAUCGGACUCACACUCGAAAGCGAAUGCGAAAGCUAAAUGGAGGCUGACGGCUGGAUAUUUCAAUAAGACUGCCUCGACCUCGUCUCAACAUCAGGACCAGGACCAGCGGCAACAGCCGGAAGACCCAGCAAACACGACCACAGACUCUGAUCUGGAGCUCGAUCUCGAAGACACAUCCAUCGUCAAACUCCCCUCCCUCGACCUCUCCUCAACCCCAACACUCCCCUACCAACCCCAACCCUCAAAAGAACACCCAACAACACCCACGCACAAAGAAGUCCGGAGGAUAACAGCCAUCGACAUCCUCGAAGCACUAGCCAAAGUUGGGCGUCUGUCUCUCUCUCUCAACACUACGUACACGGAAAAGAUGGACUCGUUGCUCCCUCGCGUCUCGCGCGAUUCCAAGGCCUCCUUUGAACACGGGAACACGAACAUGGGAAAAGCCAACACGAAGGAAUGGAGAAGACUCACGGCGCUUGAUUACUUGAGUAAAUUCGUAACUAGUGCGGUCCCGACGGAUAGGAAUAAACCGUUACCGCACCGGCCUAUUUCGGUCGUUGGGUCUAUGCAUAGCAGUGUGUCUGUGGAGGAUGUGGUUAUCGGUCCUCCUCCUCCUUUGGCGCUUGCUGUGAUUUCGGAGGAGGAUCUGGAGGGAGGAGGUGCUUAUGAAACUUCCGCUUGUCAAGACGACGACGGGAAGCAAGCUGAUUCCGAGACUGAGAAAGAUGCUAGCGCUUUACCCGUUCCAGUUGCACGUGCGCCUUCGACCCAUCGUAGGUCGAUGACCCUCCCUUUACAACAAGCGCAACCACACCUCAACCUCGCGUCGGGUCUUUCGCCUUCGCCUUCGUCUUCUCUUUCUCCUUCUUCUACCAAGGCUGGAGAAAAACUCUCUCUUCAGCUUCAGCUUCAGGCAGAAAAAGACGGACAAGUCGUUUCCGAGUCUGACGAAAACACAACAACGACAGAAGACUCAGAGCUUCGCCCAACAUCAGACAUACCCCACAUCACAGCACUCGCAGAACUAGCAGCGUCAAUCGUAGGCGAACACCCAGACGCUCCGCCCAUCUUGGAGCGUGUGGCUUCUCUCUCCCUCCCUGCUUCUUCUUCGCUUUCACCUUUACCAUAUUCCCUUCCUCUGUUCGUUGACCCCACCUCCCUUUCCCUCUCCCUCGACCCCACUUCCACUCCACUCCAGAAUCAGAAUUACAACCACCAAGCAGCACCGUCAAAGUUCGCUUGGGCAGGCAACACCCACCGCACCACCUUUGGCCUCAUAACACGCGCCAACGUCCCCCCCACCCCGCCUAGACUGGCCAUGUUUGUGGGGAGUAGCGGGGAUGGGGGUGAUGUGGGGUUUAGGUCGAAUGCUGGGAGUGUUGUCAAUGUUCGGGUUGUUGGGACUGGGAGGGAGAAGAGUUUGGGUGCGGAUACGGGGAUCGUGCUUGUCCAGACGACGAGUUUAGAUUUGGGGAGGGGUGCGGGGGUGGGUGUUAGGGGGAGUGCGAAUGGGGGUCGGGGUGGGAAUGGGAACGUGGAUGCGAAUAGGAACUCUCAGGCACAUGUCAACGGGAACGCAAACGCGAAUGGGAGCAGGAACUCAAAUGUUGCUGCGAGUCCUACCGGAAACCUCCUCCCCCUCGCAAACACAAACGCAAACGCAACUACUAGCCCAGACGCCAAUGUCAAUUCGGCUGUGACAGGGCCGGAGUUAUUAGAGAAAAUAAAGGAGGCCAUGGGCGAGAGCCAGAAUGAGGGUCAGGUUGGGAAGGGAGGUCAAAUUGACAGCGAGGGCCAGGUCGAGGAUGAUCAGCUUAGGAAGGAGGGUCAAGUUGAGCAGCAGGAGGGGCUCCUUGCGAAGGACGGUCCGGUCGAGAAGGAGGAACAGGUUAUGACGGGGCAUGUGGCUGGAAAGACUGCGACAGGGGGUACGAUCGGAAAGACGUCAACACCUGCGCACGCUGGGACGACGACGUCCACUGGGAAGCCGUCAGCACCCACUCAGACUCCCAGGCCAUCAGCAUCCAUACAGAUUAACUCGAGGCAGUCUACGCCCGUACAAUCCGCAAGACUCGCCGUUCCAUUGAGGCCCACCCGAGGGAAGGAGAACCGGUAUGUGGCUGGAGAGCCGCCGAGGAGCGUACGGAGGCCACCCUCGCAGCUUCGGAAUGUGCUUUGUGCUAUUUGA